ACCUCGUUGGGCAGCGAGUCAAUUGAGGUGGAAGUAACCACCAUGUUGUCAACUUUCUUUCAAAUCAAUGGAGUAGAGAAAAACAAAGACACAACGCCACCCUUCCCAGACUCUGGGAUAGGAAGAAGGUCAUAUAUAUAUACGAAACGCCUUGGCAUAAUCAGCCGGUCUUUACUCAGACUCGAAAAACCGAGACAAGCCUGUCGGUCAGCUUGGAUCAGUCGACGAGGCUGCGAAUUACAACAUACCGGGUUUCUUUUUUUGCCUCGCGGCCGAAGUCUCGUUCAUUUGGAUAUACCACUGGUCGAGAACCCGACAAAUUGCGACACCAAGAACCGGGGGUGGGUCGUGGCUGACUGUCAGACGGGAAAUGGCUUGCGCGGGAGACCGUGUCGCACAAUCCGGGAUCUCACGCCUUACGGAAUCAGCUCGGCGCAGCCUAGACGAUGUGGCUUCCUGAAUGGGAAAAAUGGAUUAUGCAAGUACAAUAUAACGAGAGCGACAUCGAAGUGGCGAGAGCCGACUCAGGGCCAGAAAGAAUGAUGAGAUGAGAUGAGAUGAGAUGAGAUGUCCGGUGCCGCGCCGGCGAUGUUGCGAUUCUUUCGAUAAGGAUCCUGCCAAAUGCGGCGUCGAACCCCUGCGGCCGUCUUGUCUCCGAAUACUGUUCGCGGUCACGUGAAUAGGCCCC